AUGACGUUCCCAGCGGCUCCAUACGAGCAGGAAUCAGCUUUCCUCCAGCUCCCCACUGAGACUCGUUUACACAUUUACUCAUACAUUCUACCUAGGAAGACACUCGACAUUGACCUGUGCACCAUCCAGCGACCAACACAAAACUACUUUCCGAGCAUCAGGCGGCACCGGGCCAGCAUUGGCAAGCUGUCACCGAUCUCCAGCCUUGUCUCACAGGUCCUCGAGUUGGAGAACAUCACUCGACGCAAUGGGCUGCACCUUUUGAGCGUGAGUCGACGCACGCGCGACGAGUUGAGACCAUUACUGUCGGCCCUACUCGUCCGCUUCCACUGUCCCAAGUGCUUCGAGGACCUGCUGGCCAACCUGUCGCACGGGCUUGGUGUCGGCGUCGCCUCGUGGAUGCGGCACGUGGAGAUCCGCUUCGACUGCGGCAACGGCUUGUUUGUCCCUGGCACUCGCCAUGCACCACAUUACAGCCGCGGCGGCACCCCCAGCUUGGCGCGCUUCAUGGCUAGCGAGGCAAUGCAGGCUGUCCAGCGCAGUGCCUGGCUUUACUACGGCCGUUUGGAUUUAAUGGGACGGGAGAAAUGGAAGCUCAUGCGUGCGGAGACGAAGGAUUCGUCCGAUUCCGCCGUGCAGUUCUCGCUAGGCCAGCCCCAAGAAUCUCAUCGAGGGUGGAUCAUCAGCGGUUGGUUUGAUAUCUGA